AUGCGCGCACCCCUCGCAGCCGAGGGCGAGUCAGGCCGACAGCCCUGGGAAUUUGGAAGGUUCCUGCGCACCGUCACCUUCUUCAACCCCCUGGACAAGAUGCUGAAGGACCUGGUCCGGCUCCCCACCCGCCUGCUGUUCCAGUCCAAUGCCGAGGAGGAGUCGCCAGCGCCCUCCGCAGUCAAGCUGGUGAACGCGGGGCGGGAGGGCCCCGGCCCCUCAGGACCAGCCGUCCUUCUCCUGGGCGCCGACAGCGACCUGGGCGCCCGCCUGGCCACGACCCUGCUGGACCACGGCAGGCGUGUCCAGAUCCUGGAACCUGCCGCCGCCCCCGCCCUGGCCUCGCACUCCGCCUCCGGCCCCGGAACCGUUGAGCUGGUGGAAAACGGGAACGGCCUGCAGCCCGGGCAGCUCGCGGACGUGCGCUUUGUGGUCGCCGUCCCCGGACAGGGCGCCGAGCGCCAGCUGCGCGCCGCGCUCUCCGCGCUGAGCGGCGGCGACGUGACGCUGUAUGACGCGGCUGCGGGAGCCCAGGGCGAGCCCACCUGGGGCUCGCUGGACGACGUGGUCAUGGGCGGCGCCAGCCGCAGCGCCUGGAGCUGGGAGGACGCCGGGGGCGAGGGCGGAGACCGCCCCGCCGGCGUGUUCUCCGGCGAGGUCACCACCGCCAACAGCGGCGGCUUUGCCUCGGUCCGGACGCGCAACUUUGAGCCGGCGCUGGACCUGCGUGGCCAGACCGGGGUUUCCCUGCGCCUGCAGGGCGACGGCCUGCGGUAUAAGCUGGUACUGCGCACAGACUCCAACUGGGACGGCAUCGCCUACACCUCGUACCUGGACACCAAGCCAGGGGUGUGGGAGACGCACACGGUGCCCUUCUCCAGCUUUGCGCCCAUCUUCCGGGCCAAGACGGUGCCUGAUGCGCCCGCGCUGCAGCUGGAGCAUGUGAACAGCGUUCAGCUCAUGCUGUCCAAGUUUGAGGCCGACGGCGCGCUAAACCCGGCCUUCAAGACCGGCUCCUUCCGGCUGGCAGUGAGCUCCAUCGCGGCCACCGGCCGCACGGGCGGCGAGUCGCCCAAGCUUGUGCUGGUACAGACUGACGGGCAGGGACAGCCUGGGCUGGACCUGGCGGGCAUCAAGGAGGCGGUCCAGGGCUCUGAUAUUAGGACCCUGGUGAUGCACACAGGGCGGCUGGAGGAUCUGGUGCAGUCCCAGGCAGCGCUCAGCGUAUGCAGCGGGCACGAGACGGGGGCAGGGCCCAUCCCAAACGCGUUUGUCGUGGAUGCUGUUGAGGAGGUGCUGGACGUCGAUCUGCCCAAGCCCUGGAAGGAGGUCACCCUCCUGGCAUCCGAGGCGGGGUUGCAAACGACCCAGGCUUCCAGGAAUUGGCAGCAGCUGCUGGCUUCAGAGUGA